AUGCCUUCGGAUCAGCCGGCGAGGCUGGGGGGUUGGCGCUUCAUCGACGUGAUGACUAAGCACUACCUCACAACCAUUCCGAGGGAGGCCGUGCUGCUGAAGGCGGGCUUCACCGGGGUUGACGGUGACUACUUCCUGGGUCGCGUAACUGUUCCGGUCAGUGAUAAGCUGGAUGAGCUACUCAGGAAGCACAUUUUCCCAUGGGCCGCCGCGGACAAAGGACAGCAACAGUGCAAGGAUUACAACCGCAGGAUGGUGAAGAAGCAGAAGCCGGAGAAGCAGGACACCGCGAUGCUUAACAUUCUGAAGGAGCUGGAUGAAGACGCUAGGAUGGCGGUCGCGCAAGACCUGGCGAUGUAUUACAUCCACCAGCCGCGACACCCGUACGUGGUCAACAACCCGCUCUGCCAGACGGAGGAAUUUGCGUCGUGGGCUGCAGAUGUCUCAUUGGCAAAUCAACUUGCCAUAGUACAGCGCAACACACCUACACUGACCCAGCCCGCACCCCGCGGCGCAGUUACGGGAAUGGCCGCGCUCAUUGGGGAGGAGGGAGGCGGCCAUAACGCGAUAAACCGUGUCAAGCGAAUCAUGAACUUCAUCGCCCACAGGGUGGAUCAAGGAGACGACAUCGCGGUAGUGCUCGACAAGCUCGACCUCAUGUCAGGUGCUGUGGGCAUGUCGGGUGUAUCGGAAGGGAUCGCGGUAAAGAAGAAGAGUGUUGACCUGGAACUGAGCCAGCUCAAGAAGGGUUCUCCGGUGGAGGUGCAGUUGCGUGUGAAAUGGAUGCUUGUUCGCGAACGUCUCAUCAAUGCCUCUCGUCCCGCUUCUGAGUUCACGGUCGCGUGGCCCCAGUACUGUGCGCUGAUGCCAGACUUGCAGUAA